AUAUAUAAAGCGACUUAUAAUGGAUGGAGAGCAAUAGCAAAAUAACCAAAUACGAACAUAAUUCAUUAUUACGUGUCGACGUUCAUGCAAAGGCGGACAUUUCACCGUGAUCCUGAACGCAGCAUUACCAUAACCGGAAGAGGCGUUGAUUGUUGACGUUUUGCAUUAGCCUAGCAUUGCUAGCAUUGUUGUCCUUCACAGCGUUCUGCCAGGGCGACGAGUCGGCCUAAAAUGAGCCAGAAGCCGGAGCGCCGCGGGAUCCACGUGGACCAGUCGGAGCUGCUCUGCAAGAAGGGAUGUGGUUACUAUGGCAACGCAGCCUGGCAGGGCCUGUGCUCCAAGUGCUGGCGGGAGGAGUACCAGCGAGCCAAGGAGAGACAGAUCCAGGAGGACUGGGCCUUCGCAGAGAAGCUGCAGCGCGAAGAGGAGGUGGCCUACGCCAGCAGCCAGGGGCCCUCCAGCCAGCCCGGGCCCCAGCCCCAGGCCCAGGCCACCCCGCCCCAUGCCGCCCUGACCCCCUUCUCCAAGUUUGAGGAGAAGAAGACCAACGAGAAGAUGCGUAAAGUCACCACGGUGAAGAAGUUCUUCAGCCCCUCCACGCGCAUAGCCCCCAAGAAAGGGCUUGUUGAGAGGGAGGACAGGACCCUCAGGGCUUGGAGAGGGAUCUUCUCCCCCUCGUGGGAGAUGGGUUCUCCUACCGAAGCGCUGGUGGCUAGGCUGAGAGAGGGCCACGAGGGGAAGACCUCCAGCCCGUCCAUCAGCCGGCAGGCCAGCUUGGAGACGGACCGCGUCUCCAAGGACUUCAUGGAGUUCCUGAAGACCAUGCAGCGACCAGGCCGGGAGAUCCAUAAGCAGUGUCGGGCCUUCAUCGAAAGCAUGGCCAACAAGAAGCAGGACCUUGGUGCAGAUGAAUUGUCAGAGUGCGUCCAAGACUUCUACCAGAACUUGUCGGAUCGUCUGAUGAGCCACUUCAAAGGCUCGUCUGAGUCUGUAGAGAGGGUGAUGGACCAGGUGGAGAAGUACAUCAUGACUCGUCUGUAUAAGAGUGUCUUCUGCCCGGAAACAACCGACGAUGAGAAAAAGGACCUUGCCACGCAGCACAGAAUAAGGGCAUUGCACUGGGUGACCAUUGAAAUGCUGUGUGUGUCCAUGGACGAGGAGAUCCCUGAAGUGUCGGACAAUGUUGUGAAAGCAAUAACGGACGUGAUCGAGAUGGACUCCAAGCGGGUGCCGCGGGACAAGCUGGCGUGCAUCACACAGUGCAGCAAGCACAUCUUCAGCGCCAUCAAGAUCACCAAGAAGGAGCCGGCGUCGGCCGACGACUUCCUGCCCGCGCUCAUCUACAUCGUGCUGAAGGCCAACCCGCCGCGGCUGCAGUCCAACAUCCAGUACAUCACGCGCUUCUGCAACCCCAGCCGGCUGAUGACCGGCGAGGAUGGCUACUACUUCACCAACCUGUGCUGCGCCGUGGCGUUCAUCGAGAAGCUGGACGCCCAGUCCCUCAACCUGGACACCGACGAGUUUGAGCGCUACAUGUCAGGCCAGGCCUCGCCUCGCCGGCCCACCGACGACGGCGGCUGGCCCCUGGAGGCCGGGCCCUCCCCUCAAGGCGGCGCUGCCGCCGCCGCCUCCUCCGUGGCCGUGAACCCGGCGCUGGCCCAGCUCCACCACAGCCUGGAGCAGCUGUCGGGCCUGAGCGAGCGUCAGGACCGGCUGAUGGAGGGGGCCCGCGGCCUGCAGGAGGAGCUGGUGUCCUGGGAGGAGGGCGUGCGGCGGGAGGUGCAGCACAUCCUGGAGAGGUACCCCCUGGAGGUCCGGCCCCCGCCCGCCUCCGCCAUCGACACGGAGAACGCCGAGACGGACCGGCUGCCCCCGCCGCUCACGCCCCAGGUGUUUGCUGGCUAGGGCCCUGACGAUGAGGAGGAGGAGGAGGAAGGGCGUGGGAGCGAUUCAUGAGUUGAAUUGGUACUCGAGUGGGAAUUUCAUUGCGAAGCCGGUAUCGCUUCAAGAGAUUGUUAAUAAUAAUGUUAGUGUGUUUCGUUUUACAAAUUAAUAGGAAUACUUCAUAGAGGUAACUAUUCAGUCAAUCAAAGGUUAUUUAAAGAGCGCUUGUCCUUCAGAAUGGCAAUACAAAGUGCUUCACUAGGAAAACACCACCAGGAGAAAUUAUUUAAAGGCCCAAAAUCGGAAUCACAGAGAUAAUUUAAGAGAUAGAGUUGAACAAUGACAUCAUUAUUUAAUUAUGAAUUAUUAUUUAUUUUUUAUUACCUUUUACUGUUUACUCUCCAUAGGACUUUUUUAAAAGAGGUGGAAACUCCCACUUAAAAUCUGAAAUCCCUCCGCACGGGUGUUCGAGGAAACAUUUUCUUAUUCACCUCAAACAGGUAAAGCUAAUGAUAGUAAUCAGUUUUAUCAAGGCAUAGCCAGAUUUUAUUCCUUUUUUAACAUUCGAUUUGUUCCCACUUGUUAAAGUGAUGAGUGGUAAUAAAAAAAAAGAUAAGCUAGAGCCUCAUGGGAAAAUACAGAUAUCCAAGUUUGGGUUUGGCCAUGAAUAUCGGUUCAUCCUUUGGUUUCCACAUAUAAGUGCAUUUUCUCUUCAUCUUCAUCUUGUCUACAUUGUCAUUGCUUUGUUGAUGGCUACACUUUCUUUUCAAGCCCUGCUUUGUCAUAUAAUUGUAGAUAAUGAUGGGGGGUAGUAAUGGCAUGCUAAAGCCACUGAUUCUAACCUCACACUAAUGUUGCUUGACACUCCUGACCCAAGACCUGACAUGGUUUGACCAUUAGUUGUAAGUCAGUAGGGUAUUGUAGUUCUGAAUGAGUCUCUGCAUGGAAAGCAAUGUAGUCUCAUGCUAUCAAUCAGUUGGUCCUCCCAACCAUUAAAUCAUUGUAUUCUUUUAGUUUGUUCAAUAUUUUUUCUCUUUUUGUAAUGAGAAUUUCCAAGAAGUAGCAAGAAGUCAGAACACUAUACUGGCUGACUGACAUAUGGGAAUUGUUACUCCUUUCCCAAGCAGAAAUAAACAGACUAACUAACUACAAUAGUCUAGAUAUUUGUAGUUUUAUUUGAUCACAGACACAUUUAUUGGUAGAUGUUCUUUUCUUUACCUUGACAUGUUUCGACGGAUAUACUUCCGUCUUCAUUUCAAGUCUCAAGGGUAUCUCAAGUGUAGACACAAUGAAUGCAUUACAUAUACAAUAGUCUAAACAAUGUUUUGUGCUACUGCAACUCCUGUGAAAGUCAAAAGGGAAAAUUGUAUUUGUGCAAGUAUGACAGUCAAAAUAAGAGCUGCUUCCUGUUUGAGACGCCUUGAGACACUAUGUGAAAAUGUUGUAUGGCAGAGGAAGGCCUUUAAAGCCUUUAACAUAGACCCACCCCCCAGUUUCCAUAGUCACUUUUAUCAUGGGUAAAACCAAAUGCAUUUUUUUGGGAAAAGAUAAGAAAAGUGUCUUACAUGGUCUGUUGCAUUUUUUUCAAAAUCAUAAUAUUUACAUUUUCACAAAUAUCAUUCUGUUAGACAAAGGAUUGGUGGGAAAGUAUGGGCACGGGCAAACAUUCAGUGAUAAACCAUGUGUUAGAAUUGAUUGUGUUGGAAUCCUGCUUGAAAUUCUUGAGCUGUACAUAAGUGAUCAAAAGUUGAUAGAUAAAUUAAUGCUAUUUUAGUGGUUGCACAUUUUGUAAUGUAUCAUGAUUCUGUAUUUUUGGUUGCAGUUAUUUGUUUAUAAAUGUAAACAUUUUUGAGUGGACUUCAAAUUCUCUUUGUGUAUUCGUUGUUUUAUUCAAAAUACCAAACUGAUUUGAAGUGCAUGUCUAUAAUGUGUUGGUACUGACCUCCCUGCUGUCACAAGUGUGCUGCUAUGAUUAAUAAUAAUUAUUAUUAAAUGCCAAGUUUAAAAUGCAUUCUUUCAACAGAAUUACAAACAAUGGGUUGUUGAGGCAUUUGGUCCACUGCAUUUAGUUAGUAACUGGGUGUACACUCAGUUUAUUGAUUGAUCUUGUCCAAUAAAAAAAGGUUUGAGUGUCUCAAUGCAGAUAGCCUUAUUUUUCAACUGCACCAAGGGGAUCUAAAAAUCUCUCCUUCCCUUCCUCUGUCGAACUCUGGAUUUAGCCUUUGGGCUAUUUCUUUCAAAAAUCAACCAUCAGCUUUAGUUACCUUUCUCUCUCCCCUGCAAUGGUAGCAUACACCCUUAUUUAUAUGCAUUACUCAUUUGGUCCUGUCUUGGCAUGAUGUCUAAAAAUAGGUUUGUUUACAAGUUUACAAUGCUUAUAAAUCGUCGGAAUUUGGAACACGACCUUGUAAUUUUGAGAUUAGAAUGCUCAGAAUUCUGAGAUUAAAAUUAGAAUUCUGACUUCAUUCUCAGAAUUCCAUAGUUCUGACUUUAGAAUGCCCAGAAUUCUUGCUUGAAAGUCAGAAUUCUGACUUUAAAGUCAGAACUAUGGAUUUCUGACUUUUUCUCAGAAUUCUGAUAUUAAAAUCCGAAUCUGAGUUUAGAGUCAAAAUUCUGAGAAUAGAGUUAAUAGUCAACAAUUAUUUUGUUCUUAUGGCCCUAAUCCUCUUCCGUAUAUUCUGCUUUGAAGAUGUGGAUGACGAUGUUAUAUUUUGCACGACCUGUGGAGAAUAAAGUAGUAUUGUAUUGAA